CUGGAGCAGACACACACACACACUCACACACAGCACUCACACUCUGGAGUAGCGCUUGGAUUGGAGGGGGAGAGGGUGAACUGCACCUGUCCCACGCACACACACACAAACACACUCACCCAGGGGAUAGAUCAUUCGGCCCUAUGUGUGGCUGGGACCAAAGCUUCUCGGCUACCUCUCAUAGCUCGGCCAUGUUGACUACUGAGGGGGCCCACACUGUAGAGCACGACAACGUCAAAAUGGACACCGAACCCCAUAGGGACACGGAAACCCAGAUGGACAUGGGAUCCAAAAUGGCCACCGACACAGACUCUAAGAUGGAGGAGGCAGACAUGAUGAAGUGGACGGAGGCGGAGUUUGAGGAGAAGUGUACCUACAUCGUCAAGGAUACUCCGCGGGAGGCAGGGACAGAGAGCGAGGGGUUAACGAGAGCAGAGGCCUCACUGCCUCGUAACCUGGCCUUCAAACAACUAGCUGAUUCCAAAGAGGUGAUUGGAGUGGCCAGCAGAGAGUACAUCCCCAAAGGAACACAAUUCGGCCCCCUGGUGGGUCAGAUUUACACUGCAGACAGCGUCCCCAAAGACGCYAACAGGAAGUACUUCUGGAGGAUCUACUCGGAGGGCGACUUCCACCACUUUGUGGACGGCCUGGACGAGGAGCGUUCUAACUGGAUGCGCUACGUCAACCCGGCCCACUCGGCGGGGGAGCAGAACCUGGCGGCGUGCCAGAAUGGCACGAACAUCUACUUCUACACGGUGAGGGCCAUCCCCCCUGGCACCGAGCUGCUGGUGUGGUACUGCCCAGAGUUCGCUCACCGACUCCACUACCCGCCCUCUGGAGAGCUCAUGAUGCAGAAACUCAGUAAGUCCUAUCAUAUGAAACCUUAUUACAUGUUAUACCAUAGUAACAACACUAAGUUAUAUAAUGAUAAUCAUAUACUGUAUGCAAUGAUUUAUUACAUAGUAAUAACAYUGUAUCCUUGGAAGUAUAGUGUACUAUUGGUAUUAUGUUUAACUUUCUAUGGUGUCGGCCGGCAAGAGGAGGAGGCCAUGAACCUGAGCAAGAUGAAGCGUGGUGGUGGCUCUACAGGCUACAAGACCCUGCCUUACCCACUCAAGAAGCAGAACGGCAAGAUCAAGUAUGAGUGUAACGUCUGCAGCAAGACCUUCGGCCAGCUCUCUAACCUCAAGGUGCACUUGCGUGUCCACAGYGGUGAGCGACCCUUCAAGUGUUCGACCUGCAGUAAGGGCUUCACCCAGCUGGCCCACCUGCAGAAACACUUCCUGGUGCACACUGGAGAGAAGCCCCAUGAGUGCUCGGUGUGCCAUAAGCGCUUCAGCAGCACCAGCAACCUAAAGACCCACCUGCGCCUCCACUCGGGUGAGAAGCCCUACUCGUGCAAGCUCUGCCCUGCCAAGUUCACCCAGUUUGUCCACCUCAAGCUGCACAAGCGCCUUCACUCCCGCGAGCGGCCACACAAGUGCCCCCACUGCCACCGCCACUACAUUCACCUGUGCAGCCUGCGGCUACACCUGAAGGGCUACUGCCUGGCUGCCGUCACCUCCUCAGGUGGCCCCACCCCCAGCCCCUCCACCCAGGAAGAGCUCCAGYGCAUCAACGAGGAGAUUGAGCGCUUUGACAUGAGCGACCACGCUGAGAGGCUGGACCAGCUCCAGGGAGGGGUUGAGGUUGAGGCUGUCCUGGAGAAGCAGGUCCUGGGGAUGCUGUGGAGGGAGAUGGACCUCAAGACCUCCGGCUACCACCACCACAAGGGCGGCGCCAGUGAGCUCCAGUCUACAGGUUACGGCCUGUACAAUUCAGUCAAUGAGACGUCGGUUAUCAAACUGCGCCGAAGCACUCCGCUUCUUCCCUCCAACGUCACGAUCAAGCAGGAGUCCGAGGAACAGGCUUGAGCUCACCUUUUGAAGGACGUUGAGUCAGACUGUGGCUCUGAGAACUUGGUUAGCAGGAGCAACGAGUGUAAAUAUAUAUUUUUGAUGGUUGUAGCGACUGGGGUUUUCAAACUUUCAGGGACUUCUGUACUCAGGGCUCCAAGAGACACUGUCCCCAGACUACUUAACUGUUCCACUGUGUCCUACACUUAAGACUGGACAAUCAUCCACCCUGGAUUUCAUAUCAUUAUUAUUGUUACUGUUUAUUUUCAAAUGUUAUUAUUUUUGUUGAAUUUAUUAUAUAACCUCCUUAAUUUAUUAUGCAAUUAUUCUGUCUUCGAAAAGCAAUAUGUGGAAGUGAUGUUUACAAUGACCAGGUAAUUCAUUGUAAUUUACUGUUUGUUUUUCUGAUUUUGAUUUCACUCUGGGGCCAUUGUAUAUACUUUCUCUCUCUGCCUGUAUCCAUCCUGUGUGACCUGUUGAGAAACAGGGGUGCCCACUUUUUUAUUUUAUUUUUUUACAUUUAUUUAAACAAUAUAGCAGGUUAAAAAGGGUCAAAGGUCACAACUUUGUUUUGCCAAAGGUGAACACAAACUGUUGAUUAGAAAGAAAAGGCAUUGCUUGACCUUCUGACCCUUCCAGCAAGCUUCUCUAUGUCCACGCUCAUGCAGAGUUCUACAAAAAAGGGCAUUUUUUUGUUCUGUUAUAUAUUUUCAACAACGGUUACCUCAGUGUGUGUAUGAUUGUAUGCAUGUGAGUAGGAGUGUGCGUAUGUGUGUCUGAGUGUGCGUAUGUGUGUCUAUGUUCAGAGGGAAGCUGAAGGAGAGUGUGUUUCUAUUUAUUGCUUUUGCUACUUGAAGAAGAAACCAAAAUGAACUGGAGUGCAGCUCCACAUGAUCCAAAGAGCAGGAAAGUCUGCUCAAUAUGUAGCAUAUAAAGUCUGCGAGUCCGGGAAUCCUUCCCCCCAACAGUCCAAGGGAACUUCAAAACACUGUCAAUAGCAAAAGGAGACACAUUAACCCUUCUCAAAUGGGAUUUGUGGCUAGUAACCAAAGUUUACUUGGCUUUAGUUUCAAACACACCAAAAAGAAGACCAAGAGAAUACUGUUUGUCUGUGAUGAAGUGUUAGCUCUUUAGCUGUGGUUUUGUAGUUWUGUUUGAGAAAAAUGUAUCCCCCUUCUCGUUUUUAAAUGGCACAGACCAAAGCACCUCGGCCUUCUUAUGCACUGGCCCCUCCCCUUUAUGUGCCGGUGCUUGCUCCUCCCACUAUUCAAUAUGAUUGGACUGUUAUAAUGGCUUUAAGACUACAUAUGGUUUGUCUCCAUAGCAACUGUGACCCCAGGCCGGUGACCUGGAAGCAGUUGCACAUCAGCCUCCAUCCCCUCGCUUUCUCCUCUCUUUUUUCUCUCCCUCCAACCCUGAAGUAUGACCAAAGCAUCCCCUUUCGUGUUUAGCCCUAGAGGAGAAAAUUUGAAAAAAAUACUGUCUCUGUUUACAUACUCGUUUACAUAGUUAUUUAUGUGCAAAAUGUAAAUUUAUGAUAAAUGUCCACAGUUCUAAUCUGA